CACGUGUGUACUGUUGACAUGAAGAAGGCGCUAAAACUUUGAGGGAGACAUGAAAACAAGAGGAAAGAGGCUGAGAAGCUUUGUACAGGAAAACAAGCUUAUACCAAGGAACAGGGAAAGCCAGCCAAGUCCUCUAAGAAGUCCUGAAAAAUCUAAAUAUAGUAACAAAGGUGGGACAACCAAUAGGCAGGGAAUCAGUCCAGACAGGAGUAGGACCCCAAAAAACUUUUUGGGCACUCUUACCAAUGCGACAGAAAAUAGAAAAGUACGGUUUUCAAAACUGGUGUCCAUCACAGACCAGUUAACUGGGAGCAAGGCGAAGCGGCUCAGUCCAGAUGAUACGUCACCGGAACCCAGACCGGGCCAGCGGAAACGGAGGCAGGUCGAUUCUGAUGAAAACAGCUCACCCUCACCGGAGAGAAUGGGACAGUCCAAGAGGAGAGGGGGGAUUGUCACUGACCACGUGAGGAAAGAGGCAUUCUCCCCAGACUUGAACAAGGUACCUGAAGGGACGUCAAGUGAAAAACUUGUCAAGAAGCCACCUACCAUGAUAGAUUUAGAAAAGCUCCUGCAAGAACUAGCCAAUCAGAGAGUACAUGGUUUGGAGAUGAGCAUUAGUCAAAGCCCUGACUCAGCACUUCUCAUUGCUUCUCAAGACGUAGGUCAAAUUGUAGAGGAUAUUGACGCUGGAAAAAAUUCUCGUCUACGAAAAGAUAUACAGGAUGAACUGGUCUCUAUCAAAGAUAGAGUGAAAGAGGUUUUAUACUGUGUGGAUAUGUAUGAAGAGGGAGAAGAUUUAGCUGCAGCCACCAAAUUUCCGCCAAUCAACAGUUUGGAAAUUAUGAAGCAGAGACGAGAAAAGAUGUAUAAAGAGAGAGCGGUGAUGCAGAGGGUGGAGUCCUACAGAGGAACUACAGAGGAGAGGUACGCUCUCCUGACAGAAGUCAACCACUGGCUCAAUAGUACAGACCUGCUUAGUGAGCUCCCAAGUGAGGAGGAACUUUUUCAGAUGAGCAGACAUUUCCAAGAAAUACAUAGCCAUGUCAUGACAGCUAUCCAUAGAUAUGGAAGCUUGAGUGAAAAAGUGAUGGACCUUGGGAACAGUCUCUUGGCGACAACUCAUGCUAUCAUUAUGGAACAAAAGGAAAUCGCUAAAGUGGGUCAGGCCAAAGAACAGGAGAAAACUAUUGUCAUUGAUGAGAGACUUCUCCUCUCUGACCAGAAUAAGUGGGACUCAGCUGUGAAGAUGGUCAUGAGUACAUUUGAUGAUGCCAUGAAGUGGACCAAGAAUGCUACCUACAAAAAUAUUUUUAAAAAAGGUCAAUCACAGUUUAAGGAACUCUCUUCUGGUAUGAAGAAACGUAACACUGAGUUGAAAGAAAAAAGAAAAGCGGCAGAGGAUGCAAAAAUGAAACUACAAAAUGCAAAGACUGAUGUUGAAGGUAAAGGCAAAGAAUUGGAGGAACUGAAGAAAAAUGUCAGAAAGAUAACCACAGAACUGGAUGAAAAGAAGCAUCUGCUGGCCAAAGCAGAGGAGAAUAAUGCCAAGAUAUCACAGAAAUGUCAGAAACAGGAUGCCCAGAUCAAGGACCUACAAGAGGAACUGGCCAAAAAACCCAAGGUGGUGGAGAAAGUGAGGGCAGGCACGCCCCCUCCCCCUCCCUCACCGCCCCCACCAGAAAUCAUAAAAGUGAUAGAUUCUUCAACACAAUUAAAACUGAAUGAGACAGAAAAAGAACUUGAAGACCAAAAGGCAAAGCUUCAAAAGAUGAAAGAUGAAAUUAGAAGCCUUGAAAGAUUACUGAGAAUAGAGAAAGAGAGAGUUCGUCAGUUGAGGUUAGAUCUGGAGGAUGCCAUUAGACGAGCAGAAGAGGCAGAACUAACGGUGGCUAUAGAACAACCCCAGCAAGACCCCGCACCAGAGGUCCAGAUUGUAGAGACUGGGGAUAAAGACAGCACAUACUACAAAACUCUCCUGGCUGGAAUGAAGAGAGACUUUAAUGCUGAGCUGGAGAAGAUCAAAGGUCACCUUGUCAAAGAGAGGCUGAGGAAUGCAGCAAUGGUGAAGAAAGUAGAGAACACACACAAGGAACAGAUGUUUGCUCUCCAGAAAGACGUAGUCCGAGUACUCAGGGCCAUCAUGCACUUCCGGGAUCACGUCAGUAACAUAGUAGAAAAAGAGAGCCUAAAGGACGUCUCACGGGCGAUGCAGGCCCUGGGCUCCCUCAUACCGGACAAGUUAGCUCUGGAUCCAAAGGAACUACUGGCCUUACUUGUUGGAAGUGUUGUAGAAUUUAUGCACAAAUUAGAAGUAAUAAUCGCCAAUGCCUUCCUGACAAUGAGGAUGAUGAUUAAGGGAUCUAUCACCCUGUCUACCACGAAGGAAGUAGUCGCCGCGCGGCGGACAGAAAACAAGGCUCGAAUGGAGGAGGCCAAGAAAACUAUGAGGCAAAUUGAUUUUUCAAAAACAGAGACAAAGAAGUUGGCGCUGCGACUCAAAAUAGCCAAGGAAAAGCUGAUUAAGUUUGAAGAACUUACAGAGAGACAAGAAGUCCAUGAUAGAAAAUAUCUGGCCCUGCUGGACAGAUACCGGCGAGUGUGGAAGAUGUACAACAACCUGAAUAAAGAUAUGACUCUGUUACAAUCAGACCUCCAGGAAGCAGUCGAUGAGAAAGCUAAAGAGCAGGAGAAUCUUAUUGUGUCCCAGAUCAAAAUGGAACUCAGGAAUAGGAUGAGCCUCCGGGAUAAAGAACUAGAGAUAAGUGUAAAGGACCAGAAGAAGAAUAUCAGGAUGUUAGAGGAGGCUUAUGAGAAGAACAAGAUAUCCAAAAAUCUGUAUUACGCAGUGCUGUCUUUACUAGAGAGAUCAUUGGACAUACCCAGAAAGAGGCUGCGUUUCAUGAUGGAGCAAUACAUUGCCUUUAGAUCUGUAAAAGAUACUAGAGCUCGGGUUAAGGAGAUACUGAGAGGGGAGGAUCUAAGUAAACACGUUAGGCGGGACAUGGAGCAGUACGUCAAGAGAAUUGAUGAGAAGCUGACAAAAAGCACCAAUACCUGGCACACCAACAUGGACUUCCUUCAACAGGAGAGACGGCACCUGUUCAAAUCUAUUUGGAAAUUGUUUGGUGAGGUGUUUGCAGAGUCUGGGUUACUUCUUGUUCAUCCUUUACUGAAUCAGAUUGCGUAUGACAGGACAGAGGUUUACAGCAAGAUAGCAGCAACCGUCAAAAGAAAAACACUCAAAAAACUUUGUUUGAAAGGUCAUAAACGUGUGUCAGAGUUCCUACAUCUUCCUACGUUUGUCGAGGGCUCCAGCGUGUUGUCCAACAUGACAGACCAGCAGUCACUGUGGAACGCUCAGUUUUCUUGUGGAGAUGAUGCAACAAAUACCCCCUUAGCUGUCUCUCCCCAUCUACUUAACUAUGACAUCAAUAGAGAACGCAUCCAAGCCAAAAGGAGUUUAGAAUUUGGCUCAGAUGCGCGGAAACCACUACACCUUCCCAUGACAAGGAAUUACUACAUUUCAAACAAACAGGAGUGUGUGUCUGUCUGACCAGCCGGACCUCUGUAUAUCAUCAUACUGCAGUUUACUGGGAGAUCUGAGGAACAUUGAACUGUGUGCAGAGACAUAUUAUGUUUCCUUGGAAUAAAAAUAUCAGUACAAUGUGAU